UUUGACGUUUCUCCCCCCUCUCUCUAUGUCUCUCAACAUUAGAUGAAGCUGUUGGAAAACUCCAGUUUUGAAGCACUGGGCUCUCAGCUGUGUGUUGAAACCGGAGACUCACACAUCCUUGGCAGGAUUGAGAGCUACUCCUGUAAGAUGGCUGGCGAUGACAAGCACAUGUUCAAGCAGUUCUGCCUGGAAGGAGAGCCCCACGUGCUGGAGGCCCUUUCUCCCCCACAGUCCAGUAGUGCCCCCAGCCCAAACCUGCUGGGGAAGAGCAGCGAUGAUGGAGAGAACCCUCUGAGUGACAAGUGCUGCAGGAAGACUCUGUUCUACCUCAUCACGACCCUGAACGAGUCUUUCCGGCCAGACUAUGACUUCAGCGCCGCCCGGGCCGACGAGUUCAGCCGGGAACCCAGCCUCAACUGGGUGGUGAACACUGUGAACAGCAGCCUAUUCUCAGCUGUCGGUGAGGAGUUCAACUCUCUUGGGCCUGAGCUGUGGAACGCCAUCGACCAAGAAAUCACCCUGCAAGGAUGUGACAUUUACAGUUACAACCCCGAUCUGGACUCUGACCCCUUUGGAGAAGAAGGCAGUCUCUGGUCUUUCAACUACUUCUUCUACAACAAGAAGCUGAAGCGCAUCGUCUUCUUAACCUGCCGCUCAGUGAGUGUUCUCAGCGGUUAUGGGCGCGGUUGCCUCGACAACGAGCUGGACAUGGAGCUUGACGAUGAGGAAGAGAUUGACGGCUUCACAGAGGAUAGGUUCCCCCGAGCUCUGUGCGUGUAAAGCUCUCUCAGGGAUAAUGCUGAAGACCCGCAACCCACAGUCUUUCAGCAAGGCAUCUACACAUCUGCAUUUACAAACCCUUCUUACUUUAUACUUCUAUCUGUGUUAUUUUUCCAUCUUUCUUUCAUUGGAUGAAUGAUCUACCGCCUUCAUUGCCUGUGCUGAAAAGCAUCUGCCUACAUAUGUACAUAGAAACCGAGUAUUGGAUGUGAGGUUUUUUUUCCGCCUUGGAUUGGCCUAACUUUUAAGGUAACCCUGCAGACAUGUAGUUUUUUUCCCCCAAAGUGCUGAGGUCCAGUGAUUGGGCCUCUGGAUCCCUGCCUGUCACAGUCUCCUCCCGACUUCAACAGACAUUUCUCAAGUCCUCCAUCAGGACCGUCUUCUACGUAGACUGUUCUCCAUGAUGAUGAAGAAGAGGAUGUGCAUGUUAAGAUGAAGAGAAUCCAUAGACUUUUACUAAAGCUGGCUUUCUUUGUCGUCGUGUUGAUAUCCUCGCUCUUCAAGGAGAUGAUGUCAUUGUCAAAAUGCAUGCAAGCCAGAUGUAAUCCUCUAUAGUGGCCGAACAGCCCAUCUCCAACAGCGAGGAGAGGGAAGGAGCUGCUCAUCCAAUCACAAACCGAACUCAUAUUUGUGUGAUCAUAAGAGUCACUGGGAUUGGUCAUGCUAUCUAAGGGCGCAUUUUCAUUGGUUCAUUUUUAUUUGUGUGUGUUCUUUGUGCUGUUUUCUUCUCCUUUCAGUUUCUCAGCAGUGUUGUUACUGUGCAGCAGUCAUUCUCAAGCACUGAGUUGGUUCAAACAGAAGUGUGGGUGCAAAUGCAAACAUCGUCUCCCUUGUGGAUUUGAGGGGAAAACACUCCCAAACAGUCUGUGUAGAGCACAAGAAGUGUGACAUUCAGAACGCCAGCCAAUGAAAAUUCAUCAUUAAUGUGUUGACACUUUUCCCCACAUCCUAAAGCAGUGCUGGGUGUAGUUUUGGUUUGUUUGUUGCCCCAUAGUGUCAGCUUUACUGCAAGGCCUUUAGUCUUUUAAGAACAAUUUUUACUGGGCCCUUGGAAUAGGGCACCUUUGAAAGGUGUUAACAGGAACGGUUAAAUGGCAAUUUGCUUUUCUGGACCUUUAAACUGAUCCUUCAUGGAGUUGUGCAAAUCCAUAUGUCCAUGUUUUAUUUACACUCUCAGUGAAUAUUAUAAAUAAAAAAAUGUAUGUGUUUUAAA